ACUUUAGCGACUCUUCAAACUGAGAGGGAAAACAGCCUCUAUGGCUCAGGAGCCAGAAACCGCUAAUUUCCAUAAGUUUGUUUUAACUAGAGGUAUAUCAAGAAAAUCAUGAAUGAAAUUUAAAUAAUGAAGAUGAUUUAUUACUAAUAGUAACAUUGGACAAUAUUUAACGUUAUAUUAACAAGUAGUAUGAACAUUAUAAGCAUAUUUAAACUAUCAAUAAUAUGUUACCAAGUAUCUAUCAUUUGAAUACAGUCUUAUAAAAGAUCACAAUGGAAUCUGCGGAGUUGUCAGAAGAAGUCCCUCUUCGCGGGCAAUUUACAGUUGACGAUUUAGAAAUUGAAAUAUUGCCACUUAUAUACGAAAUAAUUCGAAGCGUUGAAAAAGAUCCACAUGACACUACACAGAAAGCCAAAGAAUCUCAAGAUACAAGUCACAAGAUAUUAGAGUUUCAAAAAAAGUUAGAUUCUGCAAGAGCACAGAUUAAAAGAUUGCCAGGAAUAGAAUACAGUAAAGAAGAACAAUUGCAGAAGUUAGAAACUCUUCGCAAGCAGCUCAGACUUAAACGAGAGCUUUUAUUAAAGUAUCGUAAUAUGUGUACAUUUGAAGUUCCGAAAGUGUAAACAUUUAUUUAUUUACAGAUACAAAGAAGACAAAUUAUAUCACUAUGGGUUUUCUUCGAGCUUUGUAUUCAUAUAUUAUGAAUAAUGAACGUCUAAUCAAUAGAUUGGCAGAAUCAAAGCCAAUAAGAAGAGCUGCACAGUAUGUAGUAUAUAUAUU